ACAACACAACCCACUAAAAUAACAUUAAAAAAGAAGUUGUUCUUAUACAAAGAAGUGAACGAAUCUGUUGUCGGAGUAAACAGAAGUGAAGCUUCUUUUCUUUCUUGUUAACCAUUUCUCUCUGUCCGUCAUGAAUCCAAGCAAAGUCGAACAAGAUAUGUUCCACCACCAUCUCGAUCCCAUCCCUCAAUCUCACCCCUUGAUUCUAGAUCUCCACCACCGUCACGAUCCACUUCAACCACCGCCCUCCUCGGACUUCUCUCUACCGGAUUUCGUCCUCUUCCGCGACGAAGACGACGACGACUCCCUCAGCCACACCUCCUCCGACGCCGACGCCGCUCCACCCUCAACCACCACCAACAACAACGAAGCAGUUUCAUUGCAAAAAAUAAACCCUAGGUUUCAAUUCAUCAACCCUGAGCCUCACAUAUCCUCUCAGUUCUACACAUUCAACACCGAAUCACACACCUUGAUGAUCCGAUGCAUUCUCGACCGCCGUAUGGCGUCGCCGGAGGAGAUCAGGGCGGCGACGCCGCCACCAGUUCUGUCCAGCUGGCGGUCCGUGUGGAAAGACCGGAAUGAAGACACGGCGUAUUUGACGGCGUGGAAACGGAUUCAGGAUAAGUUAACGGUCCACGUGGAUGAAAACGGUAACGAGUUUUUAUGUUUUAAGAACAAUUCGAAUAAUCAAUUUGUGUCACAUGUUAGUCAGUGGCAAGAUAUUGUUAUGAGGUUUCAUGGAGAUGCUGAUUUGAAACAUUUAGGGUUGAAAGAUACCAUUGAUAGAAUUAAGCAAGUCUGGACUGUAGGUGCUAAGUUUUAUGGCAUACCUGAGUCUUAUAUUAGGGUUUGUGUAGCAGCGUGUCCGAUUUGUAACGAUUCCGGGGGUGGGCGGGGGAAACGGAGGAGGAGGUUCGAGUAUACGGAGUCCUUUGAUGUUCCCGCGAAAGAGGUGCCGAACAAGCUGCAGCAGUUGGCUGCCAAACAUAAGGUUGUCUUGUGUAUAAGGCAGAAGUAUAUUAGGUAUAAACCGUUUAUGGCUGAGGUUAAGGAUUACGCGUGUCAUAGAGCUGGGGAACCGACUUCGUCAAAGAAGUCCAAGAUUUUGAAGAGAGAACCGUAUGCGUCUAAACGGUGCGGCUGUGGGUUUCGGAUAAGAGCGAUUGUGCCGAUUUCGAAUUAUAAUGAGAAAGAUAAGACGUUUGUUUAUCAGGAAGAAGGGAUGGCUGUGUUUAAGCUGUAUGCGGUGCAUACGGGGCAUAAGCCCGGGCCGUCGGAUGGGAAUGCGAGGAUUAUGCAUAGGGUUGUUGGGCUUAAAGGCGGGUUUUUGAUGGAUGACGAUAUGAUUUAUGAUGAAGCGGAUCAUGACAGUUUUUCGUUUAUGGGGAAGGAUGACGGGGAUGUGCAAUGUUCUGUGUUGCAGCAGCAAGUGAAGGAAUUGAGACAUGAAAUCGGGCUGCUUGAAGGGAAGGUUACGAAAAUCCCACAUGAGUUACUGGGUUCGGUAUCUCAAGAUCUGUUUGAUCUUUUGAAUAAAGUUAGAAGCAUAGGCGAGUAUGGAUCAAAAUCAGAGGGGUUUUCAUCUGAUAAGUUGCAGUCAGAUGAUGUUUUGGUGGGUGAGAAUGAUUUAGCAGAUUGGAGCCGUCAUCAAAGGAUUUACGAGGACGGUAAAGAUGCAGAAUUGAUCGAAGACGAUGAUGACAGUUUUGGGCGAACGAUCGGCGAUGUUGCUUCAUGGGACCAAAUCAGAUCAGAUUGCAGGAACGAAAAGGAUCUGUUAGGGGAAACGAAUAAACCCGAGAAAUGGCUAAAAUGUAGUGAUUUUGAUGAAAAAACUAUAGUUGGUUGUGGGGAUUCCAAACUAAUAAAGCCUAUAGAGACAGACAGCCUUGUUAGUUUGCAGGUUGACAAUUUCUACCCUGAGAAUCCGAAAUGGUACGACUCUCCUCCUGGUUUGGACCCUGGAACGAAUUGCGAUUGCAGUGGAUUCAGCCAUGGUGAAAUUGUGUAGAAUAUUACAGAAGAGAGGUAUGUUUGAUGUCAUUCACCGUUGUCAGUUGUUGAUUGUAUAUCCAUGUACACAAAAGAAUGUAGCAGUUCACAUGCUUAGGCGCUUGCUGCUUUUGAAUCUUUAAAGUAUAGCCAUUAGGCUUCUUUGCACAUAGUUUAUGGGUUAACAAGGCGCUCCUGAUGCGUGAGGCAAUCACGGAAGCGUCUCCGGGCCUUGAGGCAUCCCUUCUUGUACAUCUGGGUCAGAGUUGGUAGUGGUAGGUAUAAGUGUUUGCAGGAGGCUGAUGUGUAAAAACAACCAAAUUGAUGAAAAAAAAUUAUAAAAGGUUUACUUGAUAAAAGGUUGAUAUGUCAAAUAUAGAUGAGAGACGUUACUUUUGGUUGUAAAUAAAACUUAUUUGGUUGGAGCGUCUCUACUUAAACGCCUCGGAACCAAUCAUUGAUUUCUCUAUGACCAUGUUAACCUUGCAUUAAACCACUAAUGGAUAAAUUUGAUUGUGUAUUUCAAACCA